CAAGUGAGAAGAGAGGAAAAAUGGCGGAUGAAAAUGAGGAUCAAUGGUUAUAUGGAGAUUCAACUGAUGGAAAAGAAUAUACACCGACAUCCGUUCAACCAGAAAGCCAAGAAAAUGAUUCAAUUCCUGCUACAAUACAAGAAAAAUCAGAAAUCUUGGAAGAUCAGAAAAUAGAAAAUGUUAUUGAUCCACCAACAGAGCCAUCUGAGGAGGCAGAACCACCAGAAGAAGAAUCUUCACCAACUAAUAAUAUUCCAAAUGAAAAUAAUACAGAAAUAAAUAAAAAUGGAAUAAGAGAAGCUUCCAGUCAAGAAGAUGGAGAAGCUGCCAGUGAUUCAGAUUCCGAUGAUGAUGUACAUGUUGUUAUUGGUGAUAUUAAAUCAACCCCUGCAUAUGGUAGUCUCAAUAUUAAAAGAGGAGGAUUGCUGACAAAUGCAUCAGGUGUACCAGAUAAAUUAAAUAAACAACCAGGAAAAUUUAGUAUAGAUGAAUUUGAAACUAUAGGAGUUAUCAAUGGUAUGCCUGCUCAUGAGUUCAAUUUAGAUCAAUUAGAAGAUAAACCUUGGAGACAGCCUGGUGCUGACAUUACUGAUUAUUUUAAUUAUGGCUUUAAUGAAGAAACAUGGAGAGCUUAUUGUGAAAGACAAAAGAGAAUGAGAAGUGAAUCUGGAGUAGGUUUGAUAUUGAAUGCAGGGGGAGGUAGUGGUAAUGCAGGCAGUAUGAGAGUACCUCAAGUUGCAAUUACUAAUGAUAAUAGUAAAUAUUCUGGCAUAAUGGGACCAAAGAGAGCAGGACCACCUCCAGGAAGAAAAAUGGCAGGAACAAUAGAUGUAAUUGGUAGUUCAGGUUUAGCUUCAAGAAGAAAUCUUGAUAAAUCUCCACCAAAAGGAAAUGUGAUACAAGUAAUGACUGCAGAUAGGAGAGAAUAUUCUAGAAAACCGGGUUUUCCCGAUAUGAGUGUGCCACCACCAGGAGCAGGAAUGCCUCCUGCAUUUGAUAUGCCUCCUCCUGGAUACCCUGGAGAACCAGCUCCUUUUUACAUGCCUGAAACAGAUCCGUAUUAUCAAAGUUAUGAACCUACACAAGAUAAUCAAUGGGGCAAUGAUCCGACGUGGCAACCAACAAAUUUAGCUAUUCCAAUGACAGAAGGGGAAGAUGAAAAAGAUACUGGCCCAAAAACAAUACCAACCAUGGUACCUCCUACAAAUAUUCCUCCUAUAAUGCCACCUAGAGAUUCUCGAGAUCGUGAAAGAGAUCGGGAAAGAGAAAGAGAUCGCGAUAGAGAAUUAGAUUCAAUGGGAAGGGACAGAGAAAGAGAUAAGGAUAGAGAUCGCGAUCGUGAAAGAGAAAAGGAUUCUAUGAUUAGAGAACGAGACAGAGAAAGAGAUUCAAUGUCACGAGAUGAAGAAAGAGAUCGUGAUAGAUCUCGAUCUCAAUAUCGACACAAAGAUCGACAUCGACAUCGAUCGAGAUCUCGGUCUCGUAGACAUAAAUCCAGGUCCCGAAGUCCAAGUCGGCGUAAGAAGAAAUCUAGACGUUCUGAGAGAGAACGUUCUAAAGAAGAGAGCGAAUAAAAGAAAAAAUAUUUACAAAAUACCCGCGGCCAUAUUGGCAUGCUGAAUCUUUUAAUAAUGUAACUUUUCAUAUGUUACUUUCCAGAAUAUACGUUGAUUAUUAUUUCAUAAAA